AUGGCAGGCAACACUGAAAGAGACUCUUUGGAUAUCAAAAAGGAUACAGCAACUUUAGAGUAUGUACCGUUGGAGGAUCCCUGGGGUUUCUCGCAAAGGUCUCAGGAAUGGCACCAAGCAUACAACAAAAAACUCCUUCGCAAGAUUGACUUGCGAAUGCUACCGUUGCUGGCCUAUAUGUUCUUGAUGAACUAUCUCGAUAGGAGCAAUCUUGCCCAAGCACAACUAGGCGGACUUAGCGAGGAUAUCGGCCUUCGUGGCACUCAAUUCAAUACGGCUACAUCGAUUUUGUUCGUUGGCUAUCUGCUCAUGCAGCUUCCAUCCAACCUCAUUUUCACUCGAUUGCGACCGGCAAUCUACUUACCAACUGUCAUGAUCAUCUGGGGGGUAAUAUCAGGUUGCCAGGCGGCUACAAACAGCUUUGGCGGACUUCUGGCGACAAGAUUCUUGCUUGGAUUUGCUGAGGCGCCUUAUUUCCCCGGUGCAGUCUAUUUGAUGUCAACCUGGUAUACACGCAGUGAGCUAUCCCAACGAUUCGCCUAUUUCUACGCCGGGCCUGCCUUGGCCAAUAUGUUCGGCGGACUAAUUGCUGCGGGAGUGCUACGUGAUAUGCAGGGAUACAAAGGCCUGCAGGCUUGGCGAUGGCUUUUUAUCAUCGAGGCCAUUAUGACUGUCUCUGUUGCCGCCUUUGCCUUCUUCGUGCUCCCUAACUUUCCCCAUACAACGACAUGGCUGAGCGAAGAGGAGCGUGCUUAUGCUGCUUGGCGGAUUGCAUCUGACAUAGGUGAAGCCAGCGAGCACGAUGCCGAGGAAGAACAAACGAAAAAAUCCUUGUUUCAUGCUGCUAAACUAGCGAUCAUGGACUACCGCACUUGGGUCUUCGUUUUGAUGCAACAUUGUGUGCUACUCUCGCAGACGGUGACUUUCUUUUUCCCAUCCGUGGUAACCACACUAGGGUACGACAACAUAAAAACCCUGCUACUCACUGCGCCCGUCUGGGUAGCAACUUUCCUGCUGAAUAUGUUUGUUCUAUGGUCCGCUUCUCGGACAAACGAACGCUGUCUGCAUCUGUGUCUGUCAAUGCUUCUCACCAUCAUUGGCAAUAUCAUGCUCAUCACCAUCCAUCUCCGAGGCCCACGCUUCCUUGGAAUGUUCUUUAUGGCAAUGGGAGCCCAGCCCGCGUUUAUGAUCGUCCUGACUUGGAUGUCAAACACCUUUCCAAGACCACUGGGGAAACGAGCGGCCGUGACUGCGAUCGUCAACAUGAUUGGAAACACGUCGAACAUCUACGGGGCCUACUUGUACCCGUCCAGUGCCGCGCCGCAGUAUGUAUCUGCCGGAGCGACCAUUGCUGCCGUAGGGGUUUUGUGCAUUUCUCUUGCGGUGGUGAUGCGGUUUAUCCUCAUACAGGAGAAUAAGAAGCUGGAUGAGAUAGAGCGAGAGGGCAUCUCUGCUGCGCCUGGGUUGACUGUGAAGGACCGAGAGAGGAAAGACCUGGCACGGACAGGGUUCCGGUAUAUAUAUUGA